AUGAAGAAAAGUUCUCAACAAAAAUUUUCCAAUGCAAAGAUGCCACCAUCACCUCACUCUCCUAGUCCACCAUCCCUUGUGUCCAGUAUGAGAUCUAGGUCACUUUCACCUCUAAGUGGAUCUGAGACUCUUCAUUUUGGAGGACAAUGGAAUGAGCAAGUUGAGAUUACAGAUGAAAACACGGUGCUUUUGGACUACCAAAACCAUAAAGAAGCUGAUUCACAUGCAGGAAUCCGAUAUAUUACAGAGGCCCUUGUUAAAAAACUUACUAAACAGGACAAUUUGGCCUUGGUAAAGUCUCUGAACCUUUCACUUGCUAAAGAUGGUGGCAAGAAAUUUAGGUAUAUCGAAAAUUUGGAAAAAUGCGUUAAACUUGAAGUACUGAAUCUCAGCUAUAAUCAAAUAGGGAAGAUUGAGAAAUUGGACAAGCUGUCAAAAUUACGUGAACUCAACUUAUCAUAUAACAAAAUCUGCAAAAUUGAAGGCAUAGAAAAUAUGUAUAAUCUGCAAAAGCUAAACCUUGCAGGAAAUGAAAUUGAACAUAUCCCAGUAUGGUUAGGGAAGAAGUUAAAAUCUUUGCGAGUCCUCAAUCUGAAAGGCAACAAGAUUUCAUCGCUCCAAGAUGUAAGCAAAUUGAAACUACUUCAAGAUUUGACUUCUCUGAUCCUACUUGAAAAUCCAGUUGUGACCCUUCCUCAUUACAUCCAGUUUACCAUUUUUCACCUUCGCUCACUGGAAAGUUUGGAAGGUCAGCCAGUAACUACCCAGGACAGACAAGAAGCUUUUGAGAGAUUCAGUUUAGACGAGGUAGAAAGACUGGAAAGAGAUCUGGAGAAGAAGAUAAUGGAAACUGAAGAGCUUAGGAGUGAGCAGACAAGGUUCCUUGAGGAAAUUAAAAGUCAAGAUAAAUUGAACAAAUCCCUGAAAGAGGAGGCCAGGUUACAAAAACAGAGCUAUGAAGAGAUGGAGAGUAACCUAAACACAAAAAAUGAAUUGCUAAAACAGAAGACCGUGGAACUAAUGCGAGCAUGUCAGAAACAGUAUGAGAUGGAACAGGAAUUGGCCUUUUAUAAAAUUGAUGCCAAAUUUGAGCCACUAAAUUAUUACCCAUCAGAGUAUGUCGAAAUUGAUAAAACCCCAGAUGAAAGCCCUUACAUUGGCAAAUCCAGAUACAAGAGAAAUAUGUUCACUACAGAGAGUUAUAUCAUUGCAAAUGCCCAGACAGUAAAGAUCAAGAAGAUGGAGCCAGACGAAGGGGAACAACUCAGAAAUGAGCAUGUGAACUUGGGAGCCGAUGCAUCACUGGACAUACAACUGGAAGACAAAGAAAAAAAAAUAAGUGCAGCACAAACUCGACUAUCAGAGCUACACGAUGAAAUAGAAAAGGCAGAACAACAAAUUUUAAAAGCUACUGAAGAAUUUAAACAGCUGGAAGAAGCUAUACAACUUAAAAAAGUUUCAGAAUCGGAGAAAGACCUUCUUUUCAAGCAGUUGAGUGGUAGGAUACAGCUUCUCAAUAAAUUACGCCAAGAAGCUGUGGAUCUAGAAACACAGAUGGAAAAGCAAAGGCAAGAAAUUGCUGAAAAGCAGAAUGAUAUCAAGGACCUGCAAAUAGCCAUAGAUAGCCUGGAUUCCAGAGACCCAAAACAUUGCCAUAUGAAGGCUCAGAAAAGAGGUAAAGAACAACAACUUGACAUUAUGAACAAGCAGUACAAACAACUUGAAAGCCGUUUGGAUGAGAUACUUUCUAGAAUUGCCAAAGAAACUGAAGAGAUUAAGGACCUUGAACAACAGCUUACUGAAGGACAAAUAGCAGCAAACGAAGCACUGAAGAAGGAUUUAGAAAGUGUCAUCAGUGGGUUGCAAGAAUACCUGGAGACUGUCAAAGGCCAGGCCGCUCAGGCCCACAAUGAGUGCAGAAAGCUACAGGAUGAGAAAGAGACAUUGCUGCAGAGAUUGAGUGAGGUCGAGCAGGAGAGGGACCAACUGGAAAUAGUGGCCAUAGAUGCAGAAAAUAUGAGGAAGGAGCUUGCAGAACUAGAGAGUGCCCUCCAGGAGCAGCAUGAGGUGAAUGUGUCCCUGCAGCAGACCCAGGGAGAUCUCAGUGCCUAUGAGGCUGAGCUAGAGGCUCAGCUGAAAAUACGGGAUGCUGAAGCCAGCCAGCUCAAGGAGGAGUUGGAAGAACUUAGAAGGUUCAGCCAGUUAGAACAAUCGGCCCUUCAAGAGGAACUUGAGAAGGAAAAGCAAGCCCUCAAGAAUGCGGUCAGAAAAGCCCAGCUCUCAGAAGGAAAGGACCAAGAAAAUAGUGAACUCCGCACACAGCUCAGACAGCUGCAGGAUGACAAUGACCUAUUAAAACAGCAACUUAAAGACUUCCAGAGUCACCUUAACCGUGUGGUUGAGGGUUUGAUUCGUCCAGAAGAAGUGGCAGCUCGUGUGGAUGAGCUAAGGAAAAAACUGAAGUCAGGAGCUGGGGAAAUGAGAAUCCAUACUUCUUCGGAUGUCUUAGGGAAAAGUCUUGCUGAUUUGCAGAAACAAUUCAGUGAAAUCCUUGCACGCUCCCAGUGGGAGAGAGAGGAAGCACAAGUGAGAGAGAGAAAGCUCCAGGAAGAAAUGGCCCUGCAGCAAGAGAAACUGGCGAGCGGACAAGCAGAGUUCAGGCACGCCUGUGAGAGGGCCCUGGAGGCGCGGAUUAGUUUUGAUAAGAGGCAGCACGAAGCGAGAAUCCAGCAGUUGGAGAAUGAAAUUCACUAUUUGCAAGAAAAUCUAAAAAGUAUGGAGGAAAUCCAAGGCCUUACAGAUCUCCAACUUCAGGAAGCUGAUGAAGAGAAGGAGAGAAUUCUGGCCCAACUCCGGGAGUUAGAGAAAAAGAAGAAACUUGAAGAUGCCAAGUCUCAGGAACAAUUUCUUGGUUUAGAUAGAGAAUUGAAGAAACUAAAGAAAGCCGUGGUCGCCUCUGAUAAGCUAGCCAUGGCUGAGCUCACCGUUGCCAAAGACCAGCUCAAGUCCCUUCAUGGAACUGUGAUGAAAAUUAACCAGGAGCGAGCAGAGGAGCUGCAGGAGACGCAGAGGUUCAGCAGAAAGGCAGCACAAGCGGCCAGGGAUCUGACCCGAGCAGAAGCGGAGAUCGAACUCCUACAGAACCUUCUCAGAGAUAAAGAGGAGCAGUUUCAAAAUGAGAUGGUGAAAGUAGAUGUUGGCACUGGAGGAGUGAACUCACAGGUGCUGGAGAUGGAGAAACUAAAUGAGACAAUGGAGAGACAAAGGACAGAGAUCGCAAGGCUGCGGAAUUUACUGGACCUCACCGGGGCUGAUGUUAACAAAGGAAGCUUUGAAAAUGUUUUGGAAGAAAUUGCUGAACUUCGACGUGAAGUUUCUCAUCAGAAUGAUUACAUCAGCAGCAUGACCGAUCCUUUCAAAAGACGAGGCUAUUGGUACUUUAUGCCACCAUCAACAUCAUCAAAAGUUUCCAGCCACAGCUCCCAGGCCACCAAGGACUCUGGCGUCGGCCUAAAGUACACAGCCUCAACUCCUGUUAGAAAACCACGUCAUGGACAGCAGGAUGGAAAGGAGGACAGUGGUCCUCCACCUGUCUCGGGAUACUGGGUGUAUUCUCCCAUCAGAAGUGGGUUACAUAAAUCGUUUUCAAAUAGAGAUGCAGACAGCGGAGGAGAUAGCCAGGAAGAGAGCCAGCUAGAUGACCAAGAGGUCCAGCCAUUUGUACCUCCCCCCGGAUACAUGAUAUACACUGUGUUUCCCGAUGGUUCUCCUGUACCCCAGGGCAUGGCCCUGUAUGCACCCCCUCCUCCCUUGCCCAACAAUAGCCAACCUCUCAACCCCGGCGCUGUUGUUUAUGGCCCACCUCCUGUUGGGGCUCCCAUCGUGUAUGGUCCUCCACCUGCCAGCUUGUCUGUACCCCUCUUCCCCGUGGGGGUGCUGCAUUGCAACGUCCCAGAACACCAUAACUUGGAGAAUGAAGUUUCUAGAUUAGAAGACAUAAUGCAGCAUUUAAAAUCUGGGAAGCAGGAACCGUGCAUGAGAGCAUCUAAGCGGCAGUCGGAGAAAGAACUGGAAGAACUGCAUCAUAAUAUUGAUGGUCUUUUGCAAGAGAAGAAAGACUUAGAGUAUGAAGUAGAAGAAUUACAUAGAACCAUCCAGAAACAUCAACAGCGAAAAGACUUCAUAGAUGGAAAUGUUGAAAGUCUUGUGAAUGAACUAGAAAUAGAGAAGUCACUCGAACACCAUGAAGAUGUUGUUGAUGAAAUUGAGUGCCUCGAGAGGACCCUUCUGAAGCGGCGCGCAGAGCUCAGGGAAGCCGACCGCCUGCUGGCGGAGGCCGAAAGGGAACUUUCAUGCACAAAAGAGAAAACAAAAAAUGCCAUCGAGAAGUUCGCUAAUGCCAAGAGAAAUUUAUUGCAAACCGAGAAAGAUGCUGAGGAGUUAGAAAAGAGAGCCCAGGAAACUGCUGUUAACCUUGUCAAAGCCGACCAGCAGCUCAGGUUGCUCCAGGCUGACACAAAGGAUUUGGAGCAGCACAAAAUGGAGCAAGAGGAAAUCUUGAAAGAAAUAAACGGAGUUGUGGCAGCAAAAGACUCAGACUUCCAGUGUCUAAACAAGAAGAAGGAGGUCCUGACGGGAGAGCUGCAGCAGCUGCAGAAGGACAUCGAGACUGCACAGCACAGUGAGGAUCACCACCUGCAGGUCCUCAAAGAGUCCGAGAACCUCCUGCAGGCCAAGAAAGCCGAGCUGGAAAAGCUGAAAAGGCAGGUGUCGGGUCAGCAGCAGGAGAUGGCCGUCUUGGACAGGCAGUUAGGGCGUAAAAAGGAAGAACUGCAUCUCCUCCAGGAAAGCAUGGUCCAGGCCAAAGCUGAUCUCCAGGAAGCACUGAGACUGGGAGAAACCGAAGUAACUGAGAAGUGCAAUCACAUUCGGGAAGUAAAAUCUCUUCUGGAAGAACUCAGUUUUCAGAAAGGAGAACUGAAUGUCCAGAUUAGUGAAAAAAAAGCUCAACUCGCACUCGUAAAGCAGGAAAUUGAAAAAGAGGAAGAAAAUCUUCAGGUAGUUUUAGGACAGAUGUCUAAACAUAAAACUGAACUAAAGAAUAUUCUGGACAUGUUGCAACUUGAAAACAAUGAGCUGCAAGGUUUGAAGCGACAGCAUGAUCAAAAGGUGUCUGAAUUAGAGAAGACUCAGGUUGAAGUGCUGGAGGAGAGACUGGAGUUAGAGAGCCUGCAGCAGACAGCCCUGCGACAGAGAGGGGAGAUAGAGUGGCAGAAGCAGCUCCUCGAGAAGGACAAACGGGAAGUAGAGCGGAUGACUGCCGAGACCCGAGCGUUACAGUCAUCUAUUGAGUCUUUGUGCAAAGAAAAGAAAGAUCUUGAAGAAAAACAGGACAGCUGGGAAAAGAAGUUGGCACAGACCAAACGGGUUUUAGCAGCGGCAGAAGAGAAUAGCAAAAUGGAGCAGGCAAACUUGGAAAAGUUGGAAUCGGAUGUCAGAAAGCUGCAGCAGGAGCUAGACCGACUCAACAGAGAGAAGCUCUCACUGCAGGAAGACCUGAGAGCAGCUCAGCAGCAGCUACAAGAAAAACGAGAAGCAAUAAAGUCACUACAGGAGGAACUAGCUGAUGUCCAAGAUCAUUUGAACCGAGCGAAACAGGACGUGCUUCACACCACCAAGCAUAAGGACGUGCUGCUUAGUGAACAGACCAGGCUCGAGAAGGACAUUGGUGAAUGGAUGCAGAGGCUUGAAGACUGCCGGAAAGAAGGGGAGACAAAGCAGCAACAGCUUCAAGUGCUUCAGAAUGAGAUUGAAGGAAACAAGACUAAGCUAGCCCAACAAGAAAUGAUGUUUCAGAGACUCCAGAAAGAGCGAGAACGUGAAGAAAAGACGUUAGAAGCCAGGAAAGCGGCUCUGAUGGAGCAGCAGGAGCAGCUGGAAGGGGAGGUGGGCGAGCAGAAAGGCAGGCUGGACCAGGUGCUCGCCAAGCUGCUGGCGGCGCAGGAGCACGUCAGGACCUUGCAGGAAGAGGAGAGGUGGAGUGACACCCUGGAGAAAACGCUCUCCCAGACCAAACGACAGCUUUCAGAACGGGAACAGCAGUUAUUGGAGAAGUCAAGUGAGCUGCAGGCUCUCCAGAAAGAGACAGACUCUAUGAGGGCAGACUUCAGCCUCUUACGGAACCAGUUCUUGACAGAAAGAAAGAAAGCCGAGAAGCAAGUUGCCAGCCUGAAGGAAGCACUAAAGCUCCAGCGGAGCCAGCUGGAGAAGAACCUUCUGGAGCAAAAGCAGGAGAACAGCUGCAUGCAGAAGGAGAUGGCAACGAUCGAACAGGUGGCCCAGGACAACCACGAGCGGGCCAGGCGCCUGAUGAAGGAGCUCAACCAGAUGCAGCAUGAGUACACGGAGCUCAAGAAACAGAUGACAAACCAAAAAGAUCUGGAGAGAAGACAGAUGGAAAUCAGUGACGCGAUGCGAACACUUAAAUCUGAGGUGAAAGAUGAAAUCAGAACCAGCCUGAAGAAUCUCAACCAGUUUCUUCCAGAACUACCAGCGGAUCUGGAGGCUAUUUUGGAAAGGAAUGAAAACCUAGAAGGAGGGUUGGAAAGCUUGAAAGAGAACUUCCCAUUCACCAUGAGUGAGCGACCAUCACCUUUUGAAGAAAAACUGAACUUUUCCCAGACUCACAUAAUGGAUGAACACUGGCGUGGAGAAGCACUCCGAGAGAGACUGCGUCACCAUGAAGAUCGACUCAAGGCCCAGCUUCGACACUGUAUGUCCAAGCAAGCAGAAGUGCUAAUUAAGGGGAAGCGGCAGACAGAGGGCACGUUACACAGCUUGAGAAGACAAGUGGAUGCUUUAGGGGAACUGGUCACCAGCACUUCUGGAGACUCCACAUCGUCACCCGGUCUGUCUCAGACAGAGUUUUCCGUGGCCGAGGAUGCUCAGCCUGGACCAAGCCAGGAAAAGAACUGCUCAGCCGGAUGAGGAAAUCUCUGAGGAAACCCCUUCUCUACUACCUCACUGCAGAACUGGAAUGCCGCUUGGUUUCGCUCCAGAUGCGGUGAACUCGGACCUGUGAGCUGAGCUGUAGCUCAGCUCACUGUGCUGUGAAUGCCGGGGUGUCUGUAAAUCACAUGUACAUAUGGGCAAAGCUGUAUACAGUUUAAACCUGGACGGCUGGGGGGUUUGUUUUUUUACCUUUGAUACGUGUUGCCAUUAAAACCAGUGAUUGUAAUCGCAAAUCUGAGGCUAUAAAUUGGUAAAAUCUAUAGCUACCAAAGAAAAAAAAUGUACUCAAGCCCUUCGUCAUUUA